AUGGGUGCCUCUGAAAGCACUGAAAGAUUAAACGGGACGGAGAACAAGGGUAAAGAGGAGCUUCGGCAAGAAUCCGGUGGAGGUUCCACUUCCACCGGAGUUGCAACGACCAUUGCGGUAGCUGCUGCUGGCGUUGCUGUUGCUGCUUGGGGCAUUGCUAGCCUGCUUUCCGACAACACAGACUCCCAAAAAUCAGCGGCAAAGAUGAUGAAAGCUCCUGGUAGAUCUACUACGAUACCGAGGGAUAAGUUUGAAGCUAACCCUAAGGCGUACUUCUCUGACCUUCGUGGCAAACGUUAA